AUCUCAGAAUAACUAAGCUUGCCCGUGAACCCCUUCCCCAUCAAACUCUCUCUUUUUCUUCUCUUCUUCACUUUCUCUCUUUCUCUAUUUCUUUCUUUUCCGACCUAUAAAAAUUUGACAGUGUAAUCAAUCAUGUAGAACAAAAAAAAAAACAGAACAGUUGUGUCUAAAAAAACAUAUUAAUUGGUCACUAGUUGAAUUUGUUGUGUUGUGUUGGAAUUGUUUGAUGGGUGAAGAGGUGAGAAAAAACAAAGAUCGUAGACACAUGGAAGUUGUUAUUAAUGGUGAUGAUAAGUGGUUGUUUUUGUUUAGUAAUUGCUUAAACAAUUGUGCUAAUUGGCGUUGUUUAAGAUACCCAAAACUCUCCAUUUAAGUUAAACAAAACAAAACAAAACCUUUGUUUUCUCUUCAGAUCUCAAUUUUCAUUAAUCAAUUUUAACAACCUUAAUCUUUUACUAAUUAAGUGUAAGUACUCAUGAAGAGACUUUCCAGCUCCGAUUCUUUAGGUGCCCUCAUCACAAUCUGUCCACAAACAGAGGAACAAAGUCCGAGGAACAACAACAACGUGUUUCAGUCGAUGUUAGAAGGAUUUGAUGAAGAAGGAUGUGUUGAAGAGGUUGGGCAGAAGAAACGAAGGCUGAGUGUGGAUCAAGUGAAGGCUUUGGAGAAGAAUUUUGAAGUGGAGAACAAGCUUGAACCAGAUAGGAAAGUGAAGCUGGCUCAAGAACUUGGGUUGCAACCAAGACAAGUUGCGGUUUGGUUUCAAAACCGUCGUGCUAGAUGGAAAACCAAACAGUUGGAGAGAGAUUAUGGAGUUCUUAAAGCUAGUUAUGAUGCACUUAAGGUUAAUUAUGAGACACUUCAACGUGAUAAUGAAACCUUACUCAAAGAGGUUAAGGAAUUGAAAUCAAGAUUACAAAUGGAAGAAGAAAACACAACAACAGAAAGUGAUGUUUGUGUAAAAGAAGAGUUGAUAACAUUACAAGACACCGAAAACACAGCAUCCGAUGAAACCGCGACUCUUAGAUCCGAUUCUAAGGACAUCAAUUACGACUGUUUCAAAAACACCGAUGUGGUAGCUUCACUGCUACCUAUGGAUUUCAAAGACGGUUCUUCAGAUAGCGACUCUAGCGCAAUCUUAAACGAAGAAAACAACAACAGUCCCAACAACGCUGCGAAUUCUUCAUCUGGGGUUCUUCAAAAUCAGAGCUUUUUGAAGUUUGGUGGUGAUUCAUCUUCUUCGCCGUCUUCGAUGAGUAACUGUUUUCAGUUUCAGAACGAGUAUCAGACACAGUAUGUGAAAAUGGAAGAGCAUAAUUUUCUUGGUGAUGAGACUUGUGAUUUCUUCUCUGAUGAACAACCACCGACGCUUCAAUGGUAUUGUUCGGAAGAGUGGAAUUAACGGGGGAGAUGAAAUGGGGUUCGGAAGUUUGAUUUGAGAGGUGCGAAUAGAAAAAUAAGACAUUAUGCAAAGGUGUAUAGAUGAAAAUGGAUAGAUGAAGAAACUUGCAUGAUGAUGAUGAUGAUGAUGAAGGUGGAUGGCAUGGUGUGGGGUCGGAGAUGAAAGGUUGAUGAUGAUUAAGACCGUGCGGGGAAGGGUUAAUUAGUGAAUAAUAAUAAGGUAAUCAAAAGUGAUGUAAAUUUUUUUGGAAUUAAUCGGUACAAGAUAAUUACUGUUCUAA